AUGAAGAAAGGUCUCUGUCUCACUCACGUUCAUUUACAGACUCGCUCGAAAGGCCCCAAGCUAGUCACAGUCGAGGAGGCACCCUUCGUUUACUUCAACUCGGCAUCUAUUCCUACAUGGGCUAAGUUCUACUAUGGAAGUGGGGAACGAAAGUUUCUGGCGAGCUCUUCGGGCUCCAUCAUGACCGAUCCGAAUGACAGUCGACCUCCCAGCUCGUACCAGAGUCGAUCGCCAAGUGCGGAACACCUUCCGCUGAGUAUUUACAGCCCCCGAAGACGGCCCCGAGAAGUCAAUCCCCUGGCUACCGGUCCAAUGUCGGAUUCCGCUUCCAUGGAAAUCAACCCGAUGCCGCUAGACAGCCAGCUUCGACCUGGUGUACGCAAAAAGACGUCGAGCAUUUGGUCGCCGCAUUUACGCCGUGACCAAAGGGCCAGCCGUUACAACAUUUGGGAGCCACCUUCCAUGACAUGGUCCACCGAGAAUAGUCUACUUGGCAAGCGAAAUAUGCAAGUCGUGCUCUUUGCCCUCGGGUUCAUUCUUCCAUUUGCUUGGAUGAUUGCCGCCUUUUUGCCCCUUCCUCCUGACCCGCACGCUGAAAUGGAGGAGCGCGAUCACCGAUCAAGUCUCUUAGAUGAGGAAGGGGAUCUUCCUCGACGCAUCGCGGCCAUCGAUGAGACUUUAUUCCAAAGCGCCAGGUGGUGGCGCGCCCUCAAUCGCUACAUGUCCGUUAUUGGCCUCCUCGUCGUAGGUGCCAUUGUAGCUCUCGUCGUUGUCGGCGUCAAGCAGGGAUGGGGACAAAUCGCGUAG